AUUAAAGAGAAAAGCCGACUGACUUUCCCGGCCUCCUGGGGCCGCCCCAGGGCUCCAAAACCCCCGCUCCGUGCGAGCGAGGUAGACUCGCCCGGCUGCGGGUCGCGCCUGACCUGCUCCCACCCCGGGCGCCCCGGGCCGCACCUCUUAGGGACAGGGGGGAGGGGCACAAAAGGCCGGUACUCAGGGCCUCGGUCCCAGAGCCGACAGGGGAGGGGGGGGGGGCCAGUCCUGCAGGCGACUGGGUGGGAAGGAGGCGGGGCUUAGUGGCGACAGGGGCGGAGCAGCUGCGGGGAGGAGCUUCCAGAGGGGCGUGGCUUAGAAUGGAAAUAGGCUGGGCUUAGUGGAAGAAACGGGACUAUGGGUAGAAAAUGGGUGGUGCUUAGCAAUGGGUGGGGCUUGAUAAGGGGCGUGGCCAAAGAGUGCUAGGAGGGUCCCAGGUUGAAGGGUGGAAGGGACUUACCUGGGCUGAGGGGGGGAGGGGGAGCGGGAAUGGGACUCAGGGCACAGGUGGGCGGAGCUUAGAGUAGAAGGGGAGUAGUUUGUGCAGGAGUGGGCACAGUGAGGUGAUGGGAUUUAGGCGUGUAAUUCGUCUUAGUGGAAAUAACAAGUCUUCAUAACGUACGUGCAAUGAUUUGGAGGGCUGGGAAGGGGCUCCCCCCGGAAGGCUGAGUGGAGGGUCUUGGAAAGGACGGGCCCCCCUACAGGCUAGGUGGAGACGACAACCUGUGUGGCGUUCUGGAGGCGCACCUUAGCGGAGAAGAGAUGGUAGGAUUUAGAGAGCAAUCUCAGAGGAACUUGGCGGGCAGUAGUAAUCAGAACAGCUUGCCUGUUGAGCCUUUGCUGGGCCCCUGCCUGAGUCAGGGCGCGGCACGCACUGCCACAGUUUUGCUUACGCCUCACCUCCACUGCAUGAGAGAGAGCCUCCACUCGCCACUGCCCUCCCACCACGCCACCAUGGAUGAUGCCCCGCUGCCAGUGCCCCCGGUCCCCGCCCCGGCCCCGGCCCCGGCACCUCCCGCUGCUGCUGCUCCCCGGGUCCCAUUUCACUGCAGUGAGUGUGGCAAGAGCUUCCGCUACCGCUCGGACCUUCGGCGCCACUUCGCCCGGCACACUGCACUCAAACCCCACGCGUGUCCGCGCUGUGGCAAGGGCUUCAAACACAGCUUCAACCUGGCCAACCACCUGCGUUCGCACACCGGCGAGCGGCCCUACCGCUGCUCUGCCUGCCCUAAAGGGUUCCGAGACUCCACCGGCCUGCUGCACCACCAGGUCGUCCACACUGGUGAGAAACCCUACUGCUGCCUGGUCUGCGAGCUGCGCUUCUCCUCACGCUCCAGCUUGGGCCGCCACCUCAAGCGCCAGCACCGCGGGGUGCUCCCGUCUCCGCUGCAGCCCGGCCCAGGCCUGCCCGCCCUGAGCGCACCCUGCUCCGUCUGCUGCAACGUGGGCCCCUGCUCGGUGUGCGGGGGUGCGGGAGCUGCUGGCGGAGAGGGCCCAGAGGCGGCGGGCGCGGGCCCGGGCAGCUGGGGGCUGGCGGAGGCCGCAGCCGCGGCCGCCGCCUCACUGCCCCCGUUCGCCUGCGGAGCCUGUGCGCGGCGCUUCGACCAGGGCCGCGAGCUGGCGGCCCACUGGGCGGCGCACACUGAUGUGAAGCCCUUCAAGUGCCCGCGCUGCGAGCGCGACUUCAACGCCCCCGCGCUGCUAGAGCGGCACAAGCUGACGCACGACCUGCAGAGCCCGGGCGCGCCCCCUGCGCAGGCCUGGGCCGCGGGGGCGGCCGACGGCGCCGGAGGCGGCGGUCCUGCGGAGGCAGGCAGCGCCCAGCCGGCCUGGGACGGCGGGCUGCUCCUGGGUCACGCCGGGGGCGGCGUGCCUGAGCUCCGGGGGCUGCUCCCCGAGGGUGGCGGGGAGGCCCCAGCGCCCGCGGCCGUGGCCGAGGCGCCGGAAGACACCCUGUACCAGUGCGACUGCGGGACCUUCUUCGCUUCAGCUGCCGCGCUGGCCAGCCACCUGGAGGCCCACUCGGGGCCCGCCACCUACGGCUGCGGCCACUGCGGGGCCCUGUACGCGGCCCUGGCGGCCCUAGAAGAGCACCGGCGGGCCAGCCACGGCGAGGGUGGAGGGGCGGAGGCGACGCCCGCGGCCCCGGAGGGGGAGCCGGCGGCCGGGGAGGCCGCGUCCGGCUCGGGCCGGGGCAAGAAGAUCUUCGGCUGCUCCGAGUGCGAGAAGCUGUUCCGCUCGCCGCGCGACCUGGAGCGGCACGUGCUGGUGCACACGGGCGAGAAGCCGUUCCCGUGCCUCGAGUGCGGCAAGUUCUUCCGCCACGAGUGCUACCUCAAGCGCCACCGGCUGCUGCACGGCACCGAGCGGCCCUUUCCCUGCCACAUUUGCGGCAAGGGGUUCAUCACGCUCAGCAACCUCUCUCGGCACCUGAAGCUGCACCGGGGCAUGGACUGACGGCCAGGCCGCGCCUCCGCCCAACCGCCCCUCCCCGGGGCGGGGCUGGACUUGGGCCCGGCCCGGUCUGGAUCCAGAUCCACGGGCCCUGAAGCAAGGGGACCCUGGCUGGAGAGACAGGGCCACCAGACGCCCACACAGGGCCCUGAGCUGGAGGGCAGCAAAUAAACGGAGAGAUUCCUCAGCUCCGGGGUCCAGGGUCCAUGAAGAGACCCCUGAGUGUGAGACCCCUGGAAUAUACGCUGGGCACCCCCAAGUCAAUAGGCAGCCUCCAAGCUGUGGGGACCUAGCAGUGAGAAAUGGGUCUCCCAAGUACUUCUCAUCUUGAGGGCCCUAAUAAUGACAGAUGGGCACCUUCCCCCCCCCCCCCCCCAAGGGAAGGCUGCCCCUCUCCCUGAGAGCCAUCAUUCCCAACGACCUUGAUCUGGAGAAUGUGGGGAGAUCAUGACCCCGAAUUUCCCUAGAUCCCCUCCAGAUGCUACCCACCAGUCACUGGUGUCCCCCCCCAAAAAAAAUGGAUAUAGCCGGAAUCUGCCUUCCCCCGCUCCCACCCCAUUUCAUUCCUUAUGCUGAAAGAGGACCAGGGUAGAUGUCCCCUGCCCUCAGCCCCCACUCCCCAAUUAGGUCUCCCUCUCCUACUGCAGAAUGGAUCAACCCUAAUGAUCUUCCCCACCCCCAACCACUAGAAUAGGCUGGUUUGAAAUCCCUCCUGCCCAGUAGAAUGAACUGAUUCAGAUACACACCCCUGUCCACUGGAAUGGGCUGGUCCAGACUGUGGCCUGCCCCCCCCACCCUCCUUAGGUGAAUACGGCAGACACUCCUCCCUCGCUCUCGAGUGUGGGCCAGUCCACGUCAUUCCCCAUCCUGUGAACUCAUCUGAAUGGGAGGUGGUGGACAUUGGGGUUUUCCUCCCACUCUGCUGUAGCACCUGUCAGUCUUUCCAUCUCUGUUGGUUUGUCUGUCUCUGUGUUCCCCUCAACCCCAAGGGGGGAGGGGGUUUGGCUAGGGGGUUCCCCCCGUGAGCCUCGACCUUGCCCCCUCAUCCCACUCCCUAAUGUCUCCAGGACCCCAAUAAACCUUGUCCUGUCAGUCA